AUUACGUUCUUUCUUCCUUCUCCCUUUUUGUUCUUUCCUAUUUACUUUAAUCCAUAAUCAUGAACCCCGAAUACGAUUAUUUGUUCAAGCUCUUGUUGAUUGGCGACUCUGGUGUUGGAAAAUCCUGCCUUUUGCUCCGUUUCGCUGAUGAUACCUAUACCGAGAGCUAUAUUUCCACCAUCGGUGUAGACUUUAAAAUUAGAACCAUUGAGCUGGAAGGCAAAACUGUUAAGCUUCAGAUUUGGGAUACAGCAGGCCAGGAACGUUUCCGCACAAUUACAUCGUCGUACUACAGAGGAGCACAUGGCAUCAUUGUUGUCUAUGAUGUAACUGACCAAGACACCUUUAACAACGUCAAGCAAUGGUUACAGGAAAUUGAUCGUUACGCAGCAGAAGGUGUAAACAAGUUAUUGGUUGGAAACAAGAGUGACUUGACAGACAAAAAAGUGGUCGAGACAGAGCAAGCAAAGGAAUUUUCGGAUUCUUUGUCGAUUCCCUUCUUGGAGACAUCUGCCAAGAGCGCUACAAAUGUUGAACAAGCUUUCUUGACCAUGGCCAAACAGAUCAAGGAUAGAAUGGGCUCUACUAUGCAGCAACAACAGACAAAGCAGACUGUCAAGGUGGGCCAAGGAGCAGCUGUUCAGCCCAAGCAGACAGGUGGAUGCUGCUAAACACAUAACUUCAUAUUACUUCUUUUAAACUAUAACCCCCACCCUGCCCUAUGCGCCUUGUCUUUUUUUCUUUCUCGUCUCCAUAAAAACAAUCGAAUAAAUAAAUAAAUAAAUGCAAUAAAUCUAUAUAUAUAUAUUU